AUGGACGACCUCAAAUUCCGCACAAAAACAAUCAAUUGGCGCGACUGGCUGGGCCAGUACCACAUGAACAACGUCCUCAUGCAGAACCAGAAUGGGCCCUGUUUCGUGAUCUCCCUCGUCAACACCCUGAUCUUGUCUAGCGAGAUAUCCAGCGAGGAGUGGAGCACGGUGGGCAAAAAGGGGUCUAGCACAUCGAUGAAAACCGGAAACAGCAUCCCGCCAAGCAUGCUGGUCUCGCUUAAGAAGAUGCUGCUAUCCAGAGAGGUCAGUCUGAGCUCGCUGCUCAACGAGUUGACCCAUCUGAUGCUCACGCUCAACGAGAUAAGAGGCGACACCGUGGACAUUGGGGCCAUUCUGAACGUGCUGCCACAGCUCGGCACCGGCCUCAACGUGAAUCUGAAGCUCGACAAUGCCGUCGUGGCCGAUUUCGAGGACCAGACAGCCAGCAUCUUGCAACUGCUCGACCUAUUUGAUCUCAAGAUGGUGCACGGGUUUCUUAUGACGGAGCCGUGGGCCGAGUACGACACGUUUGACAAGAUCCAGGAUUUUCUGAUCAGCGUGAUAGACAGACACAGCGACGUGGCGCUGGAGACGAUGCCGGCGAGUGAGAUCUUGGAGCUCGAGGUCGACGAUGCAGAGCGGGAGCUCCUGCGCAAGUACGUGCUGUACAGAGACUUUCUGGCGCAGAACAGCACGCAGCUGACGGAGGCAGGGCUCGAGACGCUCAAGCAGGACUCCGAGCUGGUCCCGAACAACGCCUUUGUGAUAUUUUUCCGCAACGACCACUUCAACACGCUGUACAAGCUCGAGAACAAGUUAUAUCUUCUGGCAAACGACGAGGGCUACGGAAGUGGCAUUGUUUGGGAGGAAUUGAAGACUGUGAAGGGUUCGGACGACGAGCUGCUGAAUGGCUUUUUUGAGGUUCGUGAGGACGAGUCUGACAAGCCGCAGGAAAACGUGGAGGAGGCUGUUUAUGAGGACGAUCCGAUUGCAGGAGCAGACGAACAGCUGGCUGCGCAACUGCAGAGCCAGGAGGACGAGCGUCUUGCACGCAACAUUCAGCGCGAGUACGAGGCUAAACGUGCUAAGCGCGAGAAACCCAAGGACAAAAAGCCGGCCAAACAGGACGCGAAGCCGGACAAGUGUGUGUUAAUGUAG